AGGAGGGCAGCGCCUGGCCCUCCUUCCUCCGCCGCUCGAAGAGCCGCGACGGCGGCAGGCGGACGCAGCCGACACCGUCCCGGCCGCCGCCGGCUCCGCACCAGGGCGAUUUCCCGAUCGCGGAGGGCGCCGCCGCCGCCGAGCCCUCCGAGGGCGGCGGCGGCAGCAGCGCGGCGGGCGAGGAGGCCUCGGCGGGCGCCGUCGCGGAGCGGCCCGCCGGACAGAGAACCUGGACGCUGUGGAGGCGCGAGCCCCCCGCCGGGCGCGGCGCCUCGCCGAGCACCUCGGCGGUCCAGGUGUCGCUUCCCGGCAGGCCCGCGGGCGACGACGGCUCCCAGCCCAGCAAGGACGCGGCGGACCCGGGCAACGGCUCGGAGGAAGACUGCGCUGGGGACAAGGACGGCCUGGCGCCCGACGAGAGGGAGGGCGACAGCCUGCAGUGCGAGGCAAUGCCGGCCACCGGCGACGGUGCAGGAGAGUCUGUGACUCAGUUCCCGGCUGUGAUCGACACCGAGCUCGGCCUGAUGCUGGACGCACCCGGCAUCGAUGACACGAUGCUGCGGUUCAGUGACGACGAGGCCGGUCGCCGUGUGGCGCUGGCCCUGGCAGCGUCUGGCGUCACACACGUGAAGUUCCUCGUGUUCGAGAGCCUCGCCAAUGACGCAAUGCAGCUGCGCAGUACACUCGAGAAGCUGUUCAGGGCGUUCGGUGCGGCGGUAGCACCUGCGACACUCGUGCUGGCCACCAAAGCAGACAUGCUAACCCGCGCUGUCAUCAUCUGCGCGGGCGGCCGCGCCGUCCUCAGAGUGGCCAGCGCCACCGACGCCAUGGCGCCCAAGCGCGCCGCGGUGGCCCUCGAGAUUCGGUUCCUGUGCAAGCUGUUGCUGCAUCAG